UUCGAAACAGAAAUAAGAGAAAUAAGCAUAUUAUUCAGUUGAAGCAAAGACCGUUAGUUGUUAACCAAAGACCGAUCCUAGCUUCCCCUACAAACAACUCUCUUCUCACUUUUCACACCAAAAAUAAUUCAACAUUCUUUUUUUUAAUUUUUCUUUCGAUUGAAGAUGGAUGAUUUCUCGGGAGAUUCAUCAUCCACGUCUACCUCAUCUUCAUCCACAUCACUGUCAAUCAUUACCAAUUAUCCUCUCAUUUCAGCUCUUGUGUCCUUUGCUAUCGCCCAAUCUAUCAAGGUCGUCACCCUCUGGUACAAGGAAAGACGAUGGGAUCUCAAGCAACUUGUUGGAUCUGGUGGAAUGCCAUCAUCCCAUUCUGCAACUGUUACUUCGCUUGCUAUGGCAGUUGGUUUACAAGAAAGCUUUGGAGGGUCUCUGUUUGCUAUUGCAUUGAUCUUAGCAUGUGUUGUGAUGUAUGAUGCAACUGGUGUAAGGCUUCAUGCUGGGCGCCAGGCAGAGGUGUUAAAUCAAAUUGUAUAUGAACUUCCUGCUGAACAUCCUCUGGCUGAAAGACGACCAUUGCGCGAACUUCUUGGUCACACCCCUCCUCAGGUUCGGUUUAUUGCAUUGAAUUUCCCCCUUAAGUACUUGAUGGAGUCACUCAUAUAUUUUACCGUCGCAAGCUUCCAAAUCUGUCUUUGCCGGAGGGUUACUUGGUAUUGUCACAGCAGUUAUUGGCCAUGCGAUCAUCUUAGUCAGUCAGCAAUCUUAGGCUCAAGUAGAUUGCGAAUAUCAUCGUCAUGCUCACACUUGAUCAUGCCAUAGAACAAAAUUCAUUCUGGCAUAUCUGUGACCAUAAUAUUUGAAUGUUGAGAGUCUGGUUUUAAUUUGCCACAUUCUUUCAUUGAACUACAUCUCUUCAUUCAACCAGUAGCAUUGCUACAAUGUAAUUUGAUUUAUUGAUUGAGUGAAUCAUAAGUUGUGAUAUAAUGGAAAUGUCUGUUAUAUACCAGCCCAGAAGUUUGGC